AUGUCCCACGGCGCGCUCGACGCCUACCGCGACGCGUACGCGCGCGUGCGCGUCGAGCGCGAGGCGUGGGCGAGAGAACACGCGCGGGCGAGAGCACUCUUCGGCGCCGUCGUGAACGCAUUCGAACGCCUCCCGGCGCUCGCGCGCGCGAUGACGGUGCAGACGUACGGGGACGACGUCGAUGCGAUGUUCGCGCGCGCGACGGUCUCGGCGCAGUACGCGUCGCUGGACGCGAUGUUCGUUGGAUUGGUCGAGGCGUGCGAGGGGUUGGAACGCGUCGCGACGGCGAUGCGGCGAGCGAAGACGGACGCGUGGCGACGGAUCGAUGCGAUGGAACACGCGCCGAGAUUGGGGGGGGGGGAGAAGGUGGGGCCGCAGCCGAGCGUGGCGGAGUGCGUGUUGGGACUGGAGGAGAUGUGGCGGAUGCAUCGAGACGAGAGCGCGUUGGCGAGAGCGCUGACGACGCGGGCGCGGACGUGCGAGGACGCGGAGGAGUUGCGAACGAUGCAUCGAUUGUUCGCGGCGCAAGCGAAUUUGGAUCCGGAGGAGAUUCGAUUGAUCAUCGAUCGGGUGCCGGUGAAGAACGUGGAGUCGGAUCGAGGGAGGAGGUAG